CUGUCAGCUGCAAAAGCAGAAGAGUCCCUUCUCCCCCUGGCCUUCCCUUCCCCUUCCCCGCCUCCAGGGCCAGAUAAGAGGGGCGCGCCCAGGGAGCCACAGCUAUAAAGGAGGCGCCCCACGGAGCCCCAGCUUGGACCCUGCCUGCCUGCCUGCCUUCCUUCCUUCGGCCCCAAGAGAGAGAGAGAGAGCUGCCAGGAUGGUGCUGACGGCGGACGAGCGGAAGGUGCUGACCUCCACCUGGGCCAAAGUCUCAGGGCACCUGGACGAGAUGGGCGGGGAUGCCCUGUGCAGGAUGCUCACGACCUUUCCGCAGACCAAGACCUACUUCCCGCACUACGACAUGAGCCCGGGCUCCAAAGACCUCCAGCAUCACGGGCAGAAGGUGGCCAAGGCCCUGGACAACGCCCUCCACCACCUGGACAACGUCCGGGGCACCAUGUCCGACCUGGCCGACCUCCACGCCUACAACCUCCGCGUCGACCCCGUCAACUUCAAGCUGCUGGCCAAGUGCUUCCACGUGGUCCUGGCCACCUACCUGCGCGCCGACUACACCUGCUACGUCUACCUCUGCCUUGACAAGUUCUUCUACCUCCUGGCCGAGGUCCUCACCGAGAAGUACAGAUGAGCGCUUCCAAUCCACUGAAGGGAGGCCCCUUCCUCCUCCUCUCCCAUGAUUCAGAAUAAAAAGCUUUGGCCACCCUUGA